AUGGCCGCGAACUUUGGGCCGGGAGGUCAGGGCCUUGACCCUUUUGACAAGCUCAAUGCCGACGCAGGCUCACUCCAUCAAGAGGCUUUGUCCCAACCCGAGUUCAAGUAUGCCCAAGAUGCGGCAACGGAGCGCCGCGUUGCUCAAUUGAUGGUAGAUCAGGUCUCCAUACCUAUGACGAUCAACGAGCUCCGGGUGCAUGGCGCCACAAACACCAGACGAAGCUUCCUCGACCCCGUCCUGGCACCGUUGGUCUCUAAGGGCCCCGAAUCACCCUCCACUUUAGGAGAGGUGGUUGCAGGAUUGCAGAUAGCCAGUGCAAAGCUCAGUGGUUUGCAAAUAUUUCAGCCAAACCCCGAAAUCUUCCUAGCAUCCUCGCAACAGACUGACCCAUCCACUACCCCGACCGAUGUCGACGUCGAUAUCAAACUCCGCGAGCUCUCCCGCUUCAAGCUUCAAACGGGUACGGAUGUUGGAAAUGGCGAGGGAUCAGCUUACGGCUCCUUGCUGUGGAGAAAUAUCUUCGGUGGUGCGGAAACGCUUUCUCUGAAUGCCAAGGCAGGCACCAGGACACGAUCAGCCUACAGUGCAAACCUCAGCGCUCCGGUAUUGAGCAACCCGGAUAUGAGAAUAUCCUUGGAAGCGCUCUCAUCGGCAGCCGAGAAACCAUGGGCCUCUCACGAGGAAGUGAUGAAGGGAUCCAGCUUGCGAUUCUCAUGGCUUGACUCGAACCGGGACACGCAUUCGGUGGAGUAUAACGGUGCUUGGCGACAAGUUACUGGCCUCGGCGCCGGGGCUAGCCCUACCAUUCGGGCGGAUGCCGGCGAUACCAUUAAAAGUGCCAUCAAGCAUACAUUCUAUAGAGAGAGGCGGGACAACCCACAGCUCCCGCAGAGUGGAUACAUGAUCCGAUCAGGAUUGGAAUUUGCUGGUAUUGGCCCCCUUGGCGGCGAUGUAGCAUUCUCCAAGGGUGAUGUCGAAUUAGGAGGCGCAGUACCAAUUCCUUUACCUGGUAUUGCAGGACGUUCAGGUGUCUCGAUUGGGGGAGGUUUGAGGAUGGGUGUUCUCUGUCCCCUGCCUCUUGGGUUUGAGCCCGGAAAAUUACUUCCCAGUCGUAUCAACGAUCGGUUCCAGCUGGGCGGCCCCAACGAUGUCCGGGGCUUUAAGCUCGGUGGUUUGGGUCCUCAUGACGGUCAGGAUUCCGUGGGAGGUGAUGUAUUUGCCGCAGGGAGUGUCAAUCUGCUUCUUCCUUUGCCAUACAAGGGUCCUGAAUCAGGCCUUCGACUGCAAGUAUUCGCAAACGGGGGUCGACUGGUGGCAUUGAAGAACACCACAAAAGGGAAGGGUAACGGUGCUGCAUUGGAUGGAACGGCGCUAAGAAAUGGUCUCUUCGGUGCGUUGGGUGAUUUGGUGAAUGGCCUGCCAAGCAUGGCCACAGGCGUCGGCCUGGUUUAUGCCCAUCCAGUUGCCCGGUUUGAACUGAACUUCAGCUUACCUCUGGCCUUGAGGAGAGGGGAAGUGGGAACGAAAGGAUUUCAACUGGGCGUGGGCAUCAACUUUCUAUGA